CUGGUAUCAGUCGUCUUCCUCCUCCUGGCUCCUCAGUUGAGCAGCUGCCAGGAGCUCGUCCUCCCACUGGACUGCAGUGACAUCUAUAACCAUGACAACAGCCAACCCAGUGGAGUGUACACCAUCUAUCCCAUCGGAGCCACCUCUGCUGUCCAGGUGUACUGUGACAUGGACUCACUAGGAGGACGGUGGACGGUGUUCCAGAGGAGGAUGGACGGCACCGUGAACUUCUACAGGGGCUGGGAUCAGUACAAGAUGGGCUUUGGUAGCGCUGCUGGAGAGUACUGGCUCGGUCUUGAGCCUCUCUUCCACCUGACUCUGAGGAAGAAGUACGAGCUGCUGGUCGACAUGGAGGACUUCAGUGGAAACAAAACGUUCGCUCGUUACUCCUCGUUCUCCAUCGACUCAGAGUCCUACGGAUACAGACUGAAUGUAUCUGGAUUCAGUAAUGGAGGGGCAGGUGAGGUGGCAGCAGAAGUACUUUUGUGUUUUACUGAGUUUCCACAGGAAG